AUGAAGGAGCACACUAGUGGGUCGAAUUCGAGCUUAGAGGUGCAACACAUAGUAUCGUCAAAGAAGUGUCUCAAGAGUGUUUCAAACGUUUCUUCUUCCCGUUCCAAAGCUAGAAAGGCUUACUUCACUGCUUCUUCUGUCGAAAGAAGAGCUUUGAUGUCUGCUCCAUUAUCUAAAGAAUUAAGAGAACAAUACAAGAUCAGAACUUUACCAAUCAGAUCUAACGAUGAAGUUACCGUUGUCAGAGGUUCAAAGAAGGGUUCUGAAGGAAAGAUCAACUCCGUUUACAGAUUAAAGUACUCUGUUCAAAUUGAAAAAUUACAAAAGGAAAAAUCUAACGGUGCUUCCGUCCCAAUCAAUAUCCACCCAUCCAAGGUUGUCAUCACCAAGUUACACUUAGACAAGGACAGAAAGGCCUUGAUCGAAAGAAAGGGUGGUAAGCUUGAAUAA